CAUUUCACUCGUCUGUUUGAUAGAUUGAUCCGUCAUUGCCGCUCACUCCAUUCUAUUCUGUGGUCAGGACCAGUUCAUCGUCGAUAACUCAACAUUUCAAUAUCUUCGUUCUCUACCCAAACCUUCGGUUCGUCAACAACUGACCACCCACCAGUUCCGCUAUCCAGCCAGGAACAUCAACUUGAGACACCAGUCACAUCCACAAACCGCCUCCCACAAACAAACACCACCAUGAAAAUGCAACUCCUUACACUCAUCACCCUCGCCACAGGCACUCUCGCCCUCCCCGCCGCAGGCACUCGCGCCCUCCCCCCCACCCCCUCCCCAACCCUCACAUCCCACCAAUAUGGCACCCCGCACCAAUUGGCCGCCGCCGCCGCCUUAGGCUCAGGGAAACCCUCCUCCCCCGCCGCACCUGGAGGGGGAGCCUCCUCCUCAGGAUCAAGCAACGCCACCGCCGCCGGCGGUGCCUGCUCCCCUCAAAUCCUCGCCCUGGCUGCUGGAAUUCAAUCCAACAUCGACGACCAGAACAACGAACUAACGACCGUCAACGCCCUUGGCAUGGUUCUGGGUCAAAACCCAUUGGACAUGACACUGUAUGGUGCUACGCAGUCGAGUCUGAUGGGGUUCGUGACGAAGGGCAUUUUGAUUAGGGAGAAUAAUCAGAAGUUGGCGCCGGCGGGGAAUGCGGCGUUGGAUGGGUUGGCGAAGGUUGCGGGGGCGCAGGCGGAGGAGUUGAAUCUGACGAUGAGCUUGGCGAUUCCGGCGAGCGGGGCUAUCGAUACGGUCGCUGCUGGGGAGACGGUCAAGACUCUGCAGAAGGAUUUCGCUGGAGGCAUUGAGCAGAAUAAGUUGAAUUUGGCUGCUGCAAUGUCAGGAUGUACAAUGGCUGCUGCUACACCAGAUAAGGCACCAGAGAAGGCAUCAGGAAAGUUCGUGUUUGUGAAGGGAUCUCAGCUAUGA